CCGACCGUCGCCGACCACCGCCCAAUCAUACACAAAAUAAACAAAGACCACUUUACUAGUACUCAGUACUCAUACACAAAGAGGUCGACUUCGCUUUGGUCUCCAUCGAUCUUUCUCAGUAGCAGAGCAAUGGCCACCCACGCUCUCGUCGCCGUCGCCGUGCUCCUCGCCGUCUGUGCUCCUCCGGGAGCGCUCGCGCAGACGGUGCAGGUAUGGUUCUUGUGCUCGCCGGCGAACUACACCGCGGGGAGCCCCUACGGGGCCAGCGUCCGCAGCGUGCUCAGGGACGUGGUGGCCGCCGCCGGCCGCUCCCGCUAUGGCUACGCCACCGUGGUCCGCAGCCCGCGGGAGGAGGAGGAACCACCGGACGGGCUGGCCUUGUGCUACGCGGACGCGGGCCCGCCGGAGGUGUGCAGGCUGUGCCUGCGCAUGGCAGCCGGGAACUUGACGCUGGCGUGCCCGGGCGCCGCGUCUGCGGCCAUAUUGUACAACAACUGCCUCCUCCAGUACACGGACUCGGCGGCGGGCGGGAGGCAGCUCGCGCGGCCGGAGGCGGACACGGCGCAGAGGUUCUCCUUCUACAACAACAACAUGAGCAGCGCCGGCGAGGCCGACAGGUACGGCGCCGCGCUCAAUCGGCUCAUGGACCGCCUCGCUCCCGCCGCCGCCGAGGCCGGAGCGAACGGCCAGCCGCGUCCCGUCGCCGCAUUCGGGCAGACCAACACCACGGCCAACGAGAGCCUGUACGGGUUCGCGCAGUGCGUGGCAGCCCUGUCCCCCGCCGGCUGCCGCCUAUGCCUCCAGAGAAUCGCCGCGUCGCUGCCCAUGACGAAAGGAGGACGGGCCUACUCGCUGACAUGCUACGCGAGGUUCGAGGUGGUGCCCUUCUACAUGCCGGCCAACACAACGAGGAUCGUCGUCGCGCCGGCGCGGGCGCCGUCAUCCUCCUCGACGUCGUCGUCACCAGCGCCGGAGCCGUCGUCCUCCUCGACGUCGUCGUCGUCCUCCUCGACGUCGUCGUCGCAACCUGCAGCGAAUUCCUCCUCCUCGUCCUCAAGAGCUUCUAAGCAUAGCAAGAUGCGCACAAUUGUGGCAGUUUCAACCGUUGGAAUCAUUGUUUUGGUCACAACGUGCAUCAUUAUUGCUUUCAAGAUUCACAGAAGUGGGAGAUUUCCAUUGCAAUCAUUGGUAAGAAAAGACUACAACAGCCGUAGGGACAAAAUCAAGGAGAUGUUGGGCAAUUACGGCUCACUGGCUCCCAAGAGGUACACUUUCUUACACCUCAAGAAAAUAACCAAAUCUUUUAGUGAGAAGCUUGGGGAGGGUAGCUAUGGCAUGGUAUACAAGGGCACCCUAGCGAAUGGCCACCAUGUCGCUGUCAAGUUCCUUCGUGACACGACCGGAAAUGGAGAAGAAUUUGUAAACGAGGUCAUCAGCAUUAGAAGGACAUCCCAUGUCAAUAUUGUCACUCUGCUCGGUUUCUGUUUGGAGGGUUCAAAGAGAGUUCUCGUCUAUGAUUAUAUGCCAAACGGCUCACUAGAGAGGUUCAUCUACGCCGAGAAUUCCAAAGAAACUCUUGAAUGGGACAAACUAUACGAGAUUGCACUGGGAAUAGCGAGAGGAUUGGAAUAUCUUCACCGAGGGUGCAACACACGAAUCAUACACUUUGACAUCAAGCCCCAAAACAUCCUCCUAGACCAGGAGUUCGUUCCAAAGAUCGCUGAUUUUGGCCUGGCCAAAUUGUGCAACCCCAAGGAGAGCUACCUAUUGUCGAUGGACGGUAUGCGGGGCACAGUUGGUUUCAUUGCACCUGAGGUCUUCUCGAGGGGGUUUGGAAUUGUGUCCACAAAGUCGGACGUGUACAGCUUUGGUAUGGUGCUCCUAGAAAUGGUCGGAGGAAGGAAGAACUUGCGAGAAAGUGUGGAGAGGGAAAGUGAGGUGUACUUCCCGGAUUGGGUUCACAGUCACCUGACACAACUUGGGAGCUUGCAAUCACUUGACUUGGGGCCAGAUGAACAUGAAGAGAUUGCAAAGAAGAUGGCCACCAUCGGGCUCUGGUGCAUACAAAUAUCGCCAGCAUCUCGCCCGACGAUAAGCAAGGUUUUAGAAAUGUUUGAAAGAAAUAUUGAUCAACUUGAGACACCGCCAAAGCAGUUCAUCUACUCACCUAUACAGUGA